AUGUUUCACGAUUCUCAAAAUCAAGCUUCAGGUAGAUUUAAUAUUAGUAGAAUAUUCGUACUGAUUAUUUUAUGUCAAUCCUAUACAAUUUUAGCAUCCGGUCAUAUAUUACCUGCCUUACAGCAGUCUUGUUCCAGUGCACGACAUGCCAUUCUACCUUCUUAUCCAACGCUCAACAAUGGUGAUGAUAUCCAUUUAUUAUUAGCCAAUAUUCCAAUACAUCAUCUCAAUCAAGAAGAUUUAGAACGAAGAUGUAAACAAGGAUAUCAUCAACCUACCUCGAUAGCACCAAGCAAUGAUCAUGAAAGACAAAUAUUUUUCUUGAGUCGUUUAUGGAAUGUCAACCGAGAUAUUUUAGAUUUUAAUUUUCGGUGUCUGAUCAAAUUAGCUAAAUUAUUAGCAGCCAAUCGAAUUCAUUGUUUUUCUACUAGACCCGAUCAAGAAUAUCUUGAUCAUGAUGACUAUUCUUUGGCAUUGGAAUUUUUCCUUCAACUCGAUCUUCAUCUCUUCUAUAUGAAGACUUGUUCCUAUCGAGGUGCACAACCUAUUGUAGUCGGUGACAAAAGUUUGUUUUGUCUAAGUGAAGCACAGGCUCGAUAUGGAAUGACACGAUGUCGUCAAAUAUCCUGUUGUUUAUGUUAUCCAUCUUACAAAUUGAUGUAUCGUCAGCAUCAACCAAUCAUUCAAUUUGGAUCACAUCAACAACAUACUUUUGUCAAUGGAUAUCGAUCUAUUCUCAAUUGUCCAGCAACAUGUACAACAAGAAAUAUUAUUUAUGUCCUUACUUGUCCAUGUCAUCAAGUGGAUUAUAUUGGUGAAACAAGUUCAUCGUUAAUUCAUCGUCUCGCUUGUAACGGAAAGAUGCAAUAUAUAUAUCAUUUGUUCUAUUUAGAGAAUACUGUUGUUUGCCUAGAUCAUCAAGAACAUGGAAAUCGUAUCGUACAAGAAUUUCUUUUCGGUAAGAAAAAUACAUUUCGAAUUCGAAAUGAAUUAAAAUCAUUCGAAACAUUGGUUAAAAAUGACAUGAAAAUCUAUCAACAUUCAACGCAUUGUCCAUCAGCGAUACAAUGGUUUCUUGAUGAAAAUCCUGCCUAUUGGCCUUUUAUUCCUAGCAAAAUGACCGAAGCAGAAGAACAAGACGAAGAAAAAGAACUAGUACAGUAAGAAUUAUCCUUCUUCUAUUCUUGUCCUAGUCGUAUACAUAAGAAUGAAACAGUUACACCGCUGAAACGGAUCGCUU